AUGGUUGGCACUGGCUCCCAAAGUCCUGCUGUAAAUGAACUGCCUGAAUCUCCGAUCUUUCAAGAAAUUGGGUCAAAUGCUUCAAUUUCCGGGUCUCCAUGUAUCCCCGAACAGAGUCGACUUCAAGCUGAGAAGGCUACAGAAUCGGAAAGAGCAGAUGAGAGUAAAGUAUUACGGGUUCUUGAGACUCUGGAUAAGAGGAAAGACCUGAUAUUGAAGUACAUCUCCUCGACAGCGAAGGAUGCGAUACAGACUUCGACAGAUUGGCCAGAAGAGGACCCUCGAAUCGUUGAUAUCCAGUUGGCAUCUAAGCGUUGUACUAACGAAGCCAGGCUUCGAGCUGGCCUAGCGCGGCGGUCCCUGGCCGACACAUACUUAUUAUGGGAGAAGGAAGAGUACGGGACUUCCAGAGUGGACACCUUAGUUCUUCACCCCGAUUCAAAUAAUCGACAGCAUCAUGUUCAGGAAUACGUAACCAGCAACAGCCUUUUCAAGAGCAAAAGAGCGGCGGGAGACUCCAUUCUGCGGGGCAUCAAAUAUCGCGUAUUCGAGAAGACCUAUGGGAGUGAGGGUGUCUCAAGCUUUCUUAUUUUUGCGAAUCAACAGUUUCGUGCGGUACAGUAUCGUUUUCUGCCUCUUUUGGCUGAAAAGAUCAAACGGUCGAAAUGUUGGCAUGGUCUGGCCAAUGAUAAGUCGAAAUGGAUGGAGGAGUGCCAGGCCGUGUAUGAGGGUCAGUCUGGUCUGGACUUCAAAUUCUGUCGCUAA